UUCAUAAAUUUAAUUGCAAGUGUUUUUGUGAACUGUUCAAUGGAAUUGGAUUUUUUGCGACAGGCUCAGUACAAACUUCUUGAGGGUGGUGAAAAAUUUGAUGUUUCGUCUCUUGACAAGUGCUUUACUUGAGACAAAAUACUUUGGUUUGCAAAUUCUCGAGCAGUUGAUUAAGACUCGCUGGAAAGCCUUGCCAAGAGAGCAGUGUGAAGGCAUUAAAGGAUACAUCGUUAACAUGAUUUUAGAAAUUAGUUCUGAUGCAGAAAAAAGUGAGAGAAUGAAACUGCUUUUGCAAAAAUUGAAUUUAGUCUUAGUUCAGAUCGUCAAGCAAGAAUGGCCUCGUCUUUGGCCUUCUUUUAUUUCUGACAUUGUUGGCUCUAGCCGAAAUGGCCAAUCACUUUGUAUGAAUAACAUGACAAUUCUGCGUUUGUUAAGUGAGGAAGUCUUUGACUUCGGCACAGGUCUUACUACUGCUCGAGCUGUUCAACUUAAGCAGCAAUUUUGUGGUCAAUUUGAAGAAGUUUUUAUGCUCUGCUAUGAAAUUCUUGAAAAUUCUGAUAAUGCCCAGCUUGUCUAUGCGACAUUGAGUACUUUGCAUGGCUUUUUGGACUGGAUUCCUGUUGGUUAUUUUCUUCCUUUUCCUGCUUUUCGUUCUAUUUCUGUUCAGUGCCUCGUGGAGAUUUCUUCAAUUUCAACCGAAGAUAGUCCACAAUACGGCAGUCGACUUGUUCAUUUGCUCAAGUCCGUCAUGAAUAUUAUUUCGCAACAACUGCCACUUACAGUCGAUUUUGCUGAUUCUUACGCUAAAGGGCGAAGUGAAGACCAGAAAUUUAUCUCCGAUUUUGCGCAACUGAUUGGCACUUUUCUCAAAGAACAUUCCAAUCUGGUUGAGGUUUUAGAGCUUAAUCCAACACAAGAGCAGCUGGAGGUCAAGCAGGCACAUGCAUUGGCUCUUAAAUAUCUGUUAAAAAUCGGUCAGGUUGAGGAUGUUGAAGUUUUUAAGAUUUGUCUUGACUACUGGAAUUGGCUUACAAUGGAACUCUUUCGUGAAAGUCCUUUUGAGCAAUCCGAACACCCACUUAUGGAUACACUUCGACGUUAUAAUCGAAACGAGUCUCCGCGGCGUAAGAUCUAUGCAGAAGUUCUCUCUGAUCUAAGAGUUCUGAUGAUUAGUCGAAUGGCAAAACCUGAGGAGGUCAUUAUCGUUUUGAAUGAGAACAACGAAGCAGUCCGUGAGCUUGUUAAGGAUACGGAUUCUAUGAUGCUUUAUAAAACGAUGCGUGAGACUUUGGUACUUUUGACUCAUCUUGAUUACCGAGACACGGAACUGAAAAUGACUGAAAAAUUGCAGAACCAAGUGAAUGGAACUGAAUGGUCGUGGAAAAAUUUAAACACAUUGUGUUGGGCGAUAGGUUCAAUUAGUAGUUCGAUGCACGAAGACGAUGAAAAACGUUUCCUCGUGACGGUCAUUCGAGGUUACCUUUUGUACGUGGUUGGGCAAUACCCACGAUUUUUGCGAUGUCAUUGGAAAUUUUUGAAAACCGUUAUAAAUAAAUUAUUCGAGUUUAUGCAUGAGUCACAUGAAGGAGUACAGGAUAUGGCCUGUGAUACAUUUAUAAAAAUUGUCAUUAAAUGUAAACUUCACUUUGUUGUUAUACAAACUGGCGAGACCCAACCAUUCAUCGAAGAAAUUUUGCAAAAUUUGAACAACAUUAUUUGUGAUCUUUCUCAGCCUCAAGUACAUGUUUUCUUUGAAGCUGUUGGGCAUAUAAUAUUCGCAGCAAGUACUCACCAAGCACAGGAACGUUUGAUCGAAAAAUUAAUGGUUCUUCCCAAUUCAAUUUGGACAGAAGCAAUUGAGGCUGCUAGCAAAGAUGUUAGUAUUUUCACUGAUCCAGAGGUAUUGAAAAAUUUGACUCAUAUUUUGAAAACAAAUGUUGCUGCCUGUAAAUCAAUUGGUGCUCCUUUCUUUAGCCAACUGAAACGCAUUUUGAAUGAUAUGUUAAGCAUUUAUCAAGUAAUUUCUGGGAAUCUAAACAAAGCUGUUAAUGAACAAGGAGAGCAUGUAUUGAAAUGGCCUUUGAUUAAACAUAUGCGAGUUGUAAAGAAGGAAAUUUUGACUCUUUUAUCAACCUGGAUUUCUAGAGCAUUUGAGGGCAGAAUUAUGGCACUCUUACCAAUUCCUCUUGUUAUUGAAAACAUUAUUAAACCUUUGUUUAGCACUGUAUUGCGUGAUUAUGAAAUGAAUGUUCCGCAAGCAAGAGAGCCUAAAGUUCUCUCUUUGCUUUCCAUUACUAUUGUAUCAUUGAAGGAGGAAGCGUCUUCACAGGUGCCAGAAAUACUUGAUGCUGUAUUUACUUGCACACUUGACAUGAUCAAUAAAGAUAUGGAGGCAUUUCCAGAACAUCGAACAAAUUUCUUUCAACUUCUGAAAGCCUUAAAUACCCACUGUUUUAAUGUGUUGAUUUCAUUACCUGAUAAAGUUUUGGGUCUUAUUAUUCAGGCAAUUGUUUGGGCAAUAAAGCAUACAAUGCGUAAUGUUGCUGAAAAUGGAAUUGAAAUUUUGCGUGAUCUUCUUGGAAAAGUUGCGUCUAUGACAGAUAGAGCACAAGCACGGAUUUUUUAUCAGAAACAUUUUAUGACUAUAAUGGAACAUGUUCUUGGUGUUUUAACUGAUAAUAAUCAAGUUCAAUUUGUUGGCAAACCUCAAAUUGCUUUAACAGUGAAAGGAUUUAUCAGCUACAAUCGUAUACUUAACAAAAUGCGUGAGCAUAUACGUGACUUUCUUGUCCAAAUUCGUGAGGAAGCAGGAGAUGACACUGCAGAUCUUUUCUUGGAAGAGAAGGAAGCUGAGAUUCAACGAAUCCAGGCUGAAAAGCAAGCGAUUCCUGGAGUACGUAAUCCAAAUGAACUUGUUGAGGAAGAUAUGGCAUAA